AUGCUAGCCUCCUCCAAGCCACGAAAAUUCAAGCCUCAAUCUCCUGCCUUCCCCUUCUUCUUCAUCUUCUUCUUCUUCUUCUUCUUCUUCUUCUUCUUCUCCUUCUUCUCCUUCUUCUCCUCCUUCUUCUCCUUCAAUACUUUCGAUGGUCAAGCGACUGAGCCCCUGGAAUUUCUUCGUCGAUGGUCCUACUUCCAGGCGGUGUGGAGGUCAGCUCUCUCAGGAACUCCCCUACCUGAACCUUUAGAGGAGACGGGAUCUUUAGGAGCUCUUUCACAUCAGCGUCAUUGCUCUCCCACUCUUCCACCAUAUUCCACAGCAUCUUCCUUGGCUGCAUCCGUAUCAGCAUCAUUAUCAAAUUCCACUUCCACAAGUCGCAAUCCCCGCACCUAUCAGCCCGUCUGUCUGCGCCUCCUUGCACGACGUGCUGUGAGGGGUUACGUUGCCCGGGCUGAGAUGACACGUCGACAUGGCGCGUCAGCAGCAUUAACACCGCCUUUAACGGUGCCAGCAUUGCAACGAUUCUUGGGAUACUUUCACAACCUGCAACACAUGCUGGGUGCGCCACUGCCAGCGGCUCUACAGAUCCUUCUGUCCACCACGACCACCGCUGCGAAUGCUAAUAUCUCGAUAUUGCGAGCCAGUGAGGACCCCAAUCCGCCAAGGAGCUGCCCAUCUAAAGAUGAAGCAAAUAAAGAGGCGUUAAAAGGCGCGCUUCGUCUCCAACUUUUUCCCACCUCCAUGUAA